UCUCACAAAGUCACAAUGAACCACCCACCACGUUACCCAGAUAUUCAGAACCCUUUUCACUUCCACUUCCACUUCCACUUCCACUUCCACCACCACCACGACGGCCACGAAUGGCCACCAAAUUAGGGUUUGCUCUGACAAACCCCCCUCGUUUCUUCACUGCCCCUUCUCGCAAACCCGUUGUUUCUCUCUCUUCUCCUUCAUCAUCAUCGAGGGUUCAGUCUAUUAAUUUCAUAGGCCGUCAGUUAUUGCUUCGACACAGAUUCUUCAGACUUUCACCUAAAGCCACCACUGACCAGCCAGAUCAGGUCCAAAAAGAUGACGUUGUUGACAGUAAUGUCUUGCCAUACUGUAACUUAGACAAGAAAGAGAAGAAGUCAUUGGGAGAGCUUGAGCAAGAAUUUCUUCAAGCGCUUCAAUCUUUCUACUAUGAAGGAAAGGCUAUCAUGUCAAAUGAGGAAUUUGACCUACUCAAGGAGGAACUAAUGUGGGAAGGAAGCAGUGUGGUCAUGCUAAGCUCGGAUGAACAGAAGUUUCUGGAAGCUUCAAUGGCUUAUGUGGCUGGGAAACCCAUAAUGAGUGAUGAAGAUUAUGACCAACUGAAGAUUCAACUAAAGAUGGAUGGGAGUGAUAUUGUGGUUGAAGGCCCUCGAUGCAGCCUCCGUAGUAGAAAGGUCUACAGUGACCUAUCUGUUGACUAUUUCAAGAUGUUCUUGCUGAAUGUCCCCGCUGCUGUUGUUGCUCUGACAUUGUUUUUCUUCCUGGAUGAUUUGACAGGAUUUGAAAUAACAUAUCUUUUGGAGCUUCCAGAGCCGUUCAGUUUCAUUUUCACAUGGUUUGCUGCUUUGCCCUUCAUCUUGUGGUUAGCUUUCACAAUCACAAAUGUUGUUGUGAAAGACUUCUUGAUUUUAAAGGGUCCCUGUCCGAACUGCGGUACAGAGAAUAAUUCCUUCUUUGGGACCAUACUGUCAAUUGCUAGUGGGGGUACCACCAACACUCUCAAAUGCUCCAACUGUGGAACUGAAUUGGUAUAUGAUUCAAAGACACGCUUGAUUACCUUACCAGAAGGAAGUGAAGCAUGAGCGGAGGAAGAAUCCAUGUGAAGGGAUCUAAAAUAUGAUCAGUACCAUUGCUAUCACAAAUUGCAGGCAAAGCACGCCGACUAGGCAUAUAUCAUACACAAUUUGUAGAAGGGGAAACGUGUUUCAUAGUCAGACACGGUGGCUGUUGCAUAACUGAGGUGUAUAUUGAAAUGUAUUUGUACUAUAAUAUUCAUAUGUAAAUCUACUAUAGCCUUGUACACUACGAAGAGUGCAAAUUUUCAUGAUGUAAAUGACCUAUUUUAAUAGAACAACACAUGCUUUACUUGUAAUAUUCAAGCUGCCCUUAUUUUUGUC